GAAAAUUCAGUUACAAGGUGGCAUCACUUCUAUUGCACUGCGAGGAGAAGGACACCAGUUUUUUGUAGGAACAGAAGAAUCACACAUUUAUCGUGUCAACUUCACAGAUUUCAAAGAGACUCUCAUUGCAACUUGUCACUUUGAAGCUGUCCAGGACAUUGUCUUUCCAUUGUGUGACCAGUUUGGGGAAUCAGGGGGAAAGAAGCACAUGAUUACUGGAACGUGGGACGACGGCAAAAUCCGAGCCUUUGCCCCAGAGACAGGCCGACUGAUGUAUGCCAUUAACAGUGCUCACAGGAUCGGCGUGACGGCCAUCGCUACCACCAGUGACUGUAAAAGGAUCAUCAGCGGUGGUGGGGAAGGGGAGGUGAGGGUGUGGCAGAUAGGCUGCCAGACCCAGAAGCUGGAGGAGGCCCUGAAGGAACACAAGUCCUCCGUGUCCUGCAUUAAGGUGAAGAAGAACAACGAGGAGUGUGUCACAGCCAGCACCGACGGGACUUGCAUCAUUUGGGACCUCGUGCGUCUUAGGAGGAAUCAGAUGAUCCUGGCCAAUACGUUAUUUCAGUGUGUGUGUUAUCACCCUGAAGAGUUCCAGAUCAUCACCAGUGGAACAGACAGAAAGGUUGCUUACUGGGAGGUAUUUGAUGGGUCAGUAAUCAGAGAGUUGGAAGGUUCCUUGUCUGGAUCAAUAAAUGGUAUGGAUAUCACACAGGAAGGAGUGCACUUUGUCACAGGUGGAAAUGACCAUCUGGUCAAAGUUUGGGAUUAUAAUGAGGGUGAAGUGACUCACGUUGGGGUGGGACACAGUGGUAACAUCAUGCGCAUCCGGAUAAGUCCAGGAAAUCAAUAUAUUGUUAGCGUAAGUGCCGACGGAGCCAUUUUGCGAUGGAAGUACCCAUAUGCCUCCUGAAACACCCGGGACCUCCCCAGCCAGGACAUCACAUGCAGUCCUGUUGAACACUCAGUUGAGAUAACUCCAACUCUAGUCUUGAUUUCUUGCAUCUGUUUUUGUUUAGUUAAAAUAUUUGAUCCCUAAAUUUCUCCUUUCCCUUAUAGAAUACAUUUUAUAUUCUUAAAUUGUAUAUAAAACUGAAACACGUUCAAGAAUUUUUUUUCCAGACUGUAAU